CCUAGAAUGUAUCUUAGAAAUUUAUUGUCAUUCCUCUGUUUUGUCUUCGCCUUUAGUAGCUACGGAUUUGUCUCUGCACAAAGAUGUGGGGACUCACUGUUUUUCAGACCAAACGGUACUUACGACACAAACCGUCGUCUCGUUCUUUCAACUCUAGCUUCCAACGUAAGUUCUCGAGACGGCUUCUACAACGUCUCUGUCGGUGAAGGCUCCGGGAGGAUCUAUGCUUUAGGCCUCUGUAUCCCAGGGACUGAUCCAAAACUCUGUUCCGAUUGUAUUCAACCCGCGUCUGUUCGUUUAUUACAGAACUGUCCGAACCAAACCGACUCAUGGUACUGGAGAGCCGGCAAGACCCUCUGUUUCGUUCGUUACUCAAACCGCUCAUUCUUUAACUCCAUCGAUCUGGAGCCGACACUAUCAGAGUUAUAUACUUUACAAGUCAGUGGAGAUGUUGCAGUGUAUAACAGAAUAUGGGAAGAUCUCAUGGUGCGUAUGAUAUCAGCAGCUUCGUCCACAACUCCGGGGUCGCUUGCAGGUCGACAUUAUGCAUCAAACAUGGCUCCUUUGUCAGGUUUCCAUAGAAUAUACGCACUGAUGCAGUGUAUCCCGGGGAUUUCUUCAGUGGAUUGUGAUGCUUGUCUCCGAGAAAACGUUCGUACUUAUCAAAAUUGUUGCGGUGGGAAUCAAGGGGGUACCAUCAGGAGACCUGUUUGCUAUUUCAGGUUUGAUCCGUAUCCGUUUUUUGGUGCUUUUGAUAACAUAACAUCGUCUCCUCCUCCUCAAAGCUCUAGAGAUCCUCAAGAAUCUCAACCCACAACAUCACCUCCUCCUCCAGAUGGCGAAACGAUUUCUACAGGAGUUAUAGUGGCGAUUGUUGUAUCAGCAGUCAUAUUUGUGGUGCUUUUAGCUUUAGGAUUGAUUGCUUUGAAGAAAAGACAAUCAUACAAAGCACUAAAGCUUGAAAAUAAUGAUGAUAUUACAAGUCCACAUUCACUGCAAAUUGAUUUCAAGACAAUUGAAGCCGCAACUGAUAAAUUUUCGGGGAACAACAAAAUCGGCCAAGGUGGAUUUGGUGAAGUUUACAAGGGAACCUUACCAAAUGGAACUGAAGUUGCGGUGAAGCGACUAUCGAGAAAUUCAAGACAAGGCACACAAGAGUUCAAGAACGAAGUUGUGCUUGUGGCGAAGCUUCAACAUAGGAAUCUUGUUAGGCUUCUUGGGUUUUGCGUGGAAGGAAAUGAACAAAUACUUGUCUACGAGUUUGUUCCCAACAAGAGUCUUGAUUAUUUUCUCUUCGACCCAACAAAGCGGCGAAAGCUAAAUUGGACAAGACGGUAUAAUAUCAUUGGAGGGAUUGCUCGAGGGAUUCUCUAUCUUCAUCAAGAUUCACGGCUCACAAUCAUACACCGUGAUCUCAAAGCUAGCAACAUUCUUCUAGAUGAUGAAAUGAAUCCUAAAAUAGCAGAUUUUGGCAUGGCAAGGACUUUUGGGAUAGAGCAAACUCGAGCCAAAACUAACAAGAUAGCUGGAACCUUCGGUUACAUGGCUCCAGAGUAUGCCAUGCACGGUCGAUUUUCAAUGAAAUCUGAUGUCUACAGCUUUGGAGUCUUGGUUCUUGAGAUCAUAAGUGGCAAGAUCAAUAGUAGUUUUAACGAAACAGAUGGAUCUGCUGGCAAUUUAGUCACACAUGCUUGGAGACUAUGGAGAAAAGGCUCGGCUUUAGAACUUUUAGACCCGACUUGCAGGCAGAGUUAUCAGAGAAAUGAAGUUACAAGAUGCAUUCAUAUCGCGCUUUUAUGUGUUCAAGAAGAUCCUAGAGACCGUCCUAUGAUGUCUACAAUCAUCUUACUACUCACUAGUACCACAAUCACUUUACAAGUGCCUCAUUCACCUGGAUUUUUCUUACAAAGUAGCCGUGACCGAGAUUCAGAAGCUGAAGGCACCCAUUCGUUUCGAAAACCGGUUCCUUGCUCUAUCAAUGAUAUGUCCAUUACCGAUUUGGAACCUCGUUGAAGAUGAUAUUAUUUGAUGAUGUCUUCCUCUAGUCUCUUGCGUGUUCUAGUGUAUAUUUACUGAUGGAAUGAAAAAACAG